UUUCUUUCCUUCACCCCCCUUCCCCGCUGCAAGGUACCCAAGACACAACACCAGGACAACACUGGAAGGGACGUCCUAAAAUAGUCUGAGUUGACGAACUACUGUUAUGAUCAGAAUGGCGGGUCAAAGAAAAGCUUUGGUCAUUGCCGCUGCCAUCAUUCAAAUAAUCGGUCCAACUCCUACUCGCGCUACUGCUCUGAUCGUAUCGGACGAGCCUCCUGCCGAGACACAGGUUGCUCCUAUCUUGGAAGCAUUUGUGAGCUAUUCGAUUGAAUUCUCGUCCUUUCCGGAUUUUGCUGGUAAUACUCUCUCCGUAGUUGGUCUGAGAAUUUCAAUCUAACCCCUACAGGAAACAAUUCACAUCCCAAUACUUUCUCCAACAAUCUAUUGAAUAACUUGGGAAAUCUCACAGGCACAAAACCUUACAUUCGAGUUGGAGGAAACACACAGGAUUAUGCUCUUUAUAAUGCAGAUCUCAAAAUAGCUCUCCAGGGCACAAUCGUCCCCUCAAGGGCUCAGGAUUAUCCAACAGUCAUAUCCAUUGGACCAUCAUACUUCGAGUCGUACAAUACAUGGCCUGAUACUAAAUAUAUCCACGGAUUCAACAUGGGACUGGGCGGAAACACUUCCGCUGGAUGGCAGACGUUGAUUGACACAGUACCCCUAGCAUGUCAAGCUUUAGGCAACGAAAAGUUGCUUUGGUGGGAAUACGGCAAUGAACCUGACCUCUUCUCCACAAGUAGUCAAGGAGCCGUUCGUCCUCCAACAUGGAACGAAUCCACGUAUGUCGAUCAGUGGUUAAACGCAACCAGGAUGAUCAAAGUCCAACUCCAAAACUACUGCCCUGACCUGGCUGAAAAUGGAUCCUACGGAUAUCUUGCACCUUCGUUCGCGGGUCUCAACAACCACCUCAAACCAGUCAAAACUUGGCAAUCAGGGCUUGAUGUUGACAAGAGCAUCAAAGUGAUCUCUUCGCAUAAGUGAGAUCCUCACGGGGUAUCGUUGAUUCUGCUCCAUAACUGACUCAUGAAUAGUUACAUUGGAGGUGCCACCCAACCUGGGGUCACUCUCCAAGGGACUCUCCUGAACCAUACCGUCACGGUUCGUUCCGUUGAUGCUCAAGCUCAACUUGGCCGAGAUCUUUCCUAUACAGGACUACCCUUUAUCCUUGGUGAAACCAACAGUCUCUACAAUCAAGGUAAACCAGGGCUAUCAAAUGCUUUUGGUGCCGCUCUGUGGGGUAUAGAUUUCAACCUGUAUUCUGCGUCAGUUGGUAUCCAAAGAGUUCACAUGCACAUGGUUAGUCGAACCAAGGUUUUCCUACAUAUGCUAGUCAAUUCUUCUUCAUGAAACCAAGCCAAGCCAAAAGAAAUAAUGGCUCGAAACAGCCCUAUGAAGGCGUGGCAUAAACCCACCCACCUUAUACACCCACCUUAUAAACCCACCUUAUACUUUACACAUCAAUUCAAACUAAAUGUACAAAUAACAUAGGGAACCAACUACCGCUACCAAGCUUGGCAACCAAUCCACACAAACAUCACAACAAUCGGCACCAAACCCCCUUACUACGGCCAAAUCGUCGUCGCCGCCAUGCUAGGCUCCCAAAACGAAGGCGCAACAACAAUAACCAACAUCCCCACGACCUCCUCACACGAAGCCAUCUACGCAGCUUACACCGCCGACUCGCAGCUCGCACGCGUAGCAAUCAUCAACAUGAGACAAUACAACUACACCAUAAACAGUACCAGCUCGGUCCCUAACCCAGUUCCUAGACCCAGCGUAGAAUAUGAACUCCAGCUCCCUGAUUGUUUUGACGGGACUGAGGCAAGCGUGAAGAGACUGGUUGCAAAUGGCUCGGAUGCCAUUACGGGGAUUAGCUGGGAUGGAGUGAGUUAUAAUUGGGAGUUGGAUGAGGGACGACCGGUGAGGUUGGGGAAUGUGACGACGGGGGAGAAGGUGGCUGUAGAGGACGGGCUUGUCAAGGUGAGCGUGCCUGAUUCGGAGGCUGUGAUUUUGGAGUUUUGA